AAAAGGAUUCUCUUGCUUCGGCAGAGAUUAUCGCGAGUGUGGCGAGAACGAUACGCAUGUGAUCCGCGGCGUGAUCGAUUGCCGGCCCGUGAACGAUGACGCGGCUUCUAAAUUCAUCGAAAUGCCCGUUGCCACUUGGCUCGCCUUAAUCGUGUGUCAGACGUGGUUGUGGGAUAAUCAACGCCCCGAGUGUAGCGCGAGCGGCGACAAUUAUUCCUUUCUCCAACGUGUAGUGACGGAAACGAACGUGUCACGUUUCCGAAAGUCGUUUGAUCGGCCCCCGAUUCGUUAUCGAGAUGACUGUUGGGUCAGUGGAUCGAUUAAUGUCGGAUUCUCCACUCCAAUCGGAGCUAUGGAUAACAGCGAGCAGGAGUGGCAGAAAAGGAAGCGCAAGGCCCAGGCACAAGGCUGCGAUCCGGGGCAAGUGAGGAAGAGACGAAGCUAUUCUACGAUCGGCUCUUCGGGACGCUUUCGAGGCCCGAUUCGAACCGGCGGCUAUCUAUGAUCGUGCUGGCAACCAAUUACGUUUCCUGAACCGGAAAACAUCGGGUCGAUAUAGCGACUGAUUAAGGGACGACUACAGGGAGACUUGCAAAUCGAAGCGGAACUUUCGUACGACGGGGUGACUAAAAUGCGUACGUGACGCAUCAACAUUUUCACGAUGACCCAGCGCUACAUUCUGCAACGAUCUAAGAGAGGCGUAAACAGACCGGCUAUAUAAACCACCAACGGAGGACCGACCAAGAGGAUACGCGUUGCGGUACAGUCAGCCGUGCAAACUCGACCUCGAUUUUCCUCCAUCGCGACAAUCUUAAUAUUAUGACGCGGAGUCCGUUUCCUGUUGUAAUACUUUACGCAGAAUUAUUAGAUUUGAAUAAUUUUAAUGAGAUUUUCUUCGGAAAUUAAUAUCAUUGGGACGUUAGCAUGGUUCUGCUACGCGACGUUUCGCCACGAAGGUCUCCGCGCGUAAUUGGUACCACGAGAAUUUACGAUCCCUUGUUCUCCAAGCGUUUUAGAUAAUGUGUGAGAUAUUGGCGGUCAAUGGACAUUAAAAUAAACGAUGCUUAAUCGACGAGUGUCAGAGUUAAGUAGCCUCGUGUAUGAAAAAAAGAAUCUCCUGUAUCUCUGGAUGUUAAUAGUUCGAACGUGACACGGCGCUGCUUUACGACGUACUAGAUAGUUCCCACCGGUUUCGCAAAUGACUCUUUAGUCGAGCACCGCCGAUUAGUAUAGCCGUUAAGAGUCGCCAGCGGAAUACAUUUUACCGAUAACACUGUGUAUAAUAUCGGCACGCCGAGGCACGGACGCGUUUAACCGCGAUUUUGCGACGCGAUUGUACCGGCAGGCAUGGUGUUACAUAUUAGUGUUAAUAAUUCACGAUUUUAUGGCUGCGAACUCGUGAAGUUGGCAUUACCGCGGUGCCUCGGGCACAAUGCAAGUACAGUUUGCAUCGACGUGAGCGACUCUCUUUACCAUUACUCUUUCCCUCUCGUCUUCCUGGUGCGCUCCCAGCAUACCUUAUAAAGGUUUAAACACGCCGUAAAUCCUCGGUGCUAGAUAGCGUUACCGAAUCGCGAUGAUUUUUGCGACGCCGACGGGCCGCAGUGUUUAUCAAUAAAUCAAGCGACGACAGAGCCGAACUAAUCGGCGCGGGGCACUACUCUCUUUCUCUCUGUGUGUUUCUCUGUGGGUGUAAAUUGAAUAUCACUCGCGCAUACAGCAAGUGCCACGAAGAAAGAACGCGAUGAAAGAACGGGUUCGCGCACCGUGAAACGCGAUACGGUCUCGAUACCUUUGACCGAUAUUGAUCUCCUACAUUGUAAAAGGAAGAAAAGAAUGACACGCCGUACGAAUACGGCGCGAAAUGGUCCGGUCGUAAAGUCGCGGGGCGUAGGUGUUAACUUCUCGCGGUGCCAAUUCAAUCGCGAGCACAAAGCACCAACGGAUAUGAGGUUCGCUGAGCGAAAAAUCUUAAUUACGAAUUUCGCAGCCAUCUGAUUUACGUUAUUUGCCAGUCGACACGUUUCACCCGGCGCCGAUUGCGACUUUAUCUCCCUCUUUUUAAGCCGUUCGGCCUUUGUCGCGAUGAUCUACGAUUAAUAUCGAUACUUUGACUGACUUUGCAGACUACUUAUAGACCCAAGGAUAUUUAUAUCAAACAAUCCGGGCAAUAUAAAUUUUUUAUCUUAAUCUUAUAUCAAAAUAUAUUGUAAUAUCAGUUAUAAGUUGUA